AUGCCAGUGGCCACAGCAACCCCCAAAGCAACAGCAGUGACUGUGGGGGGCAGGAGUGACUCCCCCAGGCCAGUAGGGACAGGAAUCUUGGUGAGAGAUGACUCUCAGUCCCAGGAUCCCGUCCCUGCAGUAUCUACACAGAUAUUGAAUCUUCUGCCUCAAUUCCAAGAUAAUACUUGGGGACCUCUGAUGAAUGACUCGUGGGGAAAGCAGUAUUCAUAUGCACUCUUCAAAGCUAUGAGUCAUAUGCUGUGCAUCGGGUAUGGAGCCCAGGCCCCAGUCAGCAUGUCGGACCUCUGGAUUACCAUGCUAAGCAUGAUCGUUGGGGCCACCUGCUACGCCAUGUUUGUCGGCCAUGCCACAGCUUUAAUCCAGUCUUUGGAUUCCUCCAGGCGGCAGUAUCAAGAGAAGUAUAAGCAAGUGGAGCAAUACAUGUCAUUCCAUAAGUUACCAGCUGAUAUGCGUCAGAAAAUACACGACUACUAUGAACACAGAUACCAAGGCAAAAUCUUUGAUGAGGAAAACAUUCUCAAUGAACUCAAUGAUCCUCUGAGAGAGGAGAUCGUCAACUUCAACUGUCGGAAGCUAGUGGCUACCAUGCCUCUGUUUGCUAAUGCCGAUCCCAAUUUUGUGACUGCCAUGCUGAGCAAGUUGAGAUUUGAGGUGUUUCAACCUGGAGAUUACAUCAUACGAGAAGGAGCUGUGGGUAAAAAAAUGUAUUUCAUUCAACAUGGCGUUGCUGGUGUCAUCACAAAAUCCAGUAAAGAAAUGAAGCUGACAGACGGCUCUUACUUUGGAGAGAUUUGCUUGCUGACCAAGGGCCGCCGCACUGCCAGUGUUCGAGCUGAUACAUAUUGUCGUCUUUAUUCACUUUCUGUGGACAAUUUCAAUGAGGUCCUGGAGGAAUAUCCAAUGAUGAGGCGAGCCUUCGAGACCGUUGCCAUUGACCGACUAGAUCGAAUAGGAAAGAAAAAUUCCAUUCUUCUGCAAAAGUUCCAGAAGGAUCUGAACACUGGCGUCUUCAACAAUCAGGAGAAUGAGAUCCUGAAGCAGAUCGUGAAGCAUGACCGCGAGAUGGUGCAGGCAAUCGCUCCAAUCAGUUAUCCCCAAAUGACAGCCCUGAAUUCCACCUCCUCCACCACGACUCCGACCUCCCGCAUGAGGACACAGUCUCCGCCGGUGUACACAGCCACCAGUCUGUCCCAUGGCAACCUGCAUUCCCCCAGCCCCAGCACACAGACCCCCCAGCCGUCCGCCAUCCUGUCGCCCUGCUCCUACACCACUGCAGUCUGCAGCCCUCCCGUACAGAGCCCGCUGGCCACUCGAACUUUCCACUACGCCUCCCCUACUGCCUCCCAGCUGUCCCUCACACAGCAGCAGCUCCAGCAGUCCCCGCAGCCGCCCCCGCAGCCUCAGACGCCCGGCGGCUCCACGCCGAAAAACGACGUGCACAGGAGCACACAGGCGCUCCACAACACCAGCCUGACCCGAGAAGUCCGGCCCCUGUCGGCCUCGCAGCCCUCGCUGCCCCAUGAGGUUUCCACUCUCAUUUCCAGACCUCAUCCCACUGUGGGCGAGUCCCUGGCCUCCAUCCCUCAGCCCGUGACCGCCGUUCACGGCCCGGGCCUCCAGGCGGGGGGCAGGGGCACCGUCCCCCAGCGAGUCACCCUGUUCCGACAGAUGUCCUCGGGAGCCAUUCCCCCUAACCGCGGAGCCCCUCCCGCACCCCCUCCACCAGCAGCUGCUCUUCCGAGAGAGUCUUCCUCAGUCUUAACUACAGACCCAGAGGCAGAAAAGCCACGAUUUGCUUCAAAUUUAUGAUCCCUGCUGAUUGUCAAAGCAGAAAGAAAUACUCUAAUAAACUGAGCAUCUUCUCAGACCUUAUUUUAUUCUAUCUCCUGAUAGAUUCCUAUAGCCUACUAUGAAGAGAUAUUUUAGACAGCUCUGGCCUACAUGCAAAAUGUAAAAUAUAUAAAUAUAUAUCUACUAUUAAAUAUCUAUCUAAAUUCCCAAGAGAAGUUCAAAAGACCUGUUUAGCAUUCAGUGUUAUAUGUCUUCCUUUCUUUAAAUCAUUAAAGGAUUUAAAAUGUUGUUGUAAGAUCAUUUAUUUUUAACCUACUUUUACUGAAUUCCUUUGAUAUAUGUAUUUCUCUACUUUAGGAAGAGUUCUUGGAUUCAGUGGAAACAAAACUCUGAUUUUUAAAAGGCAACUCAAGUGAGCUACUGAAUAGCACCAACCAAAACUUCAUUCAUUAGCUGUGUCUCUGCAUCUAAAUUGUUAAUCAUUAAUUAUGGAGAAUUAAAUAGCAAGUCCCAUUUUAUAGAUCCAAAUUGUAUUUUGGUGCUUUCAAUUUUGAAUUAGGUUACAGAGCACACCGUAUGCUUGGCCACGGUUGGAGACUAGCAUUGCCACUGUUAGGAAUAUCUCUAACCUCAAACAUGUUCAUUGAUCUUUCAGAAAGCUGAGGGGAUAUUUGUCUUCAUGUGUUAUCGGACUUUUACCAAGACUCAAUCAAUGUUAGUUGUAAAUACUUUUUCAACCCAAAUAAAAAUAGCUAUUCUGUGCUGUAUGAAGGUAAAAGUCGUCACUUAAGAAUUUAGUUUUAUUGCUUCACUUCAAAACUUAGAGUUUGAAAUUUUACAAAACCUAAUUGUGACAGUUAUUCAGUAAUGCAAUGGCUUGAAACCUACAAUAUUAUUUUAACCUGCAAUGUUUUAUGCAAAACUGUAUGCUCAAUUCUACAAAUUGCUUGUAUUACACCAAAAAAUCAUUACUUUUCUUCCUUCUUGCCAUAACCAAGCAUCUGAAAAUAGUCCCUGCAUGCUUUUUGGGGAAAAAAAAAUAUAUAUAUAGGUUCAGAUCAGUCACUGUAGGGAGAGGCUUACAGUAUUUCUCAUUUCUAGAAAAAUACAACCAUUCAUUAAUUGCCUAUCUUAAAAUUCCUAUAUGGCUGACUUGGAUCUCUGACUUAAGUCUAGAAGUGAGGUUUUCACUUUCAUUUAAUAUUAUUACUAUUAUUUAAAUAAUGAUUUGUAAACCACAGCUUGAUUUGGAGUUGCCAGUGUGUUCUGUGUCUUUACUGUUGGUAGUUGGUAGUUUACCCUGGUGUUGAUUUAAAAUAACUAAAUACACGAUAGCAUCAUGUCUGUUUGGGAACACACACUUUGUUCUAUGUAUAUUGUAAUAAAAUGGUUAGUAAAUCUUAAGGCAUGUGGUGACUAACAUAGCCCUUAGAUAGGAGGUUUGUUAUUCGGAAUGUGCUGGAAAAUGUAUGGACGUGAUGACAGAAAGCAAGGGGCAAACUGAAUGUGAGCAUUGUUUGUUUGUCUGUUUCCUUAACUCCCCAUGAUCUGUGAACAUCUGCUGCUUCUCAGAGAAGUCCCUUAGUAAUCAUUUGUGCCUAAUGCAUCCCACAAAUGUGGUGAAUGACCGGAACACAAUUGGAAGAUUCCUAAUAACCGACUUCUGUAAAUAACCCAAGUUAAGAGAAUGACCUGAAGUGGAGGUCUUUGGUAUCUUUGACCCUGGUGAUACAUUCAAGAAGAACUUAACAAAGGUCACACAUUAAAUGGGGCAGGGCCUCCAGACAGACUUGAGGACAGAAAACAAAACUAAAGCAAAAACUCUAAAAUGGAUCCAUGCUGCCUGUUAUGCCUUUUACGGAUAUAAUACCUAUAACACCAAAAUGAGUUGUUAUGUUUCCUUUCUAACAGAUCCCAGCUUGUGUGGAAGUAAUCAACAAUGCUACUACUCAAUGUAAUGCUGUCAUUAACAUGCUGGUGACAUCUGAUGGCAUGUCAGGAAUGGUGUAAGAAGGGGAUUGUUCAGUCUACUAGAACCUAUGGGAAAGCUGCAAGACCAUUUACAUAUCAGUACAAAACUCCUUUAUUUUAUUAAAAUAUUGAGAAUUAACUUCAAUUUACUAAGAUCAUGUAUUGGUCCUUUAAAUUAUUAAAGGUUUACAUUUGAUAGCA